AUGAAAACUACUCAACUAGCAAGUAAUCAGUGUCAGAAUAUAACCACCCCAAUGUUGUUGAGCCUAUCGAUGACUGGUCUCACUUUCUGCGGAGCUGAUGUGGGAGGCUUCUUCCGUAACCCGUCUGGCGAACUCUACACCCGAUGGUAUCAAGCUGCAGCCUUCCAUCCUUUCAUUCGUUCGCAUGCCCACAUUGAUUCGGACUACCGCGAACCAUGGAAUUUCGAUGCUCCAUAUGUCGAUGCGAUCAGAGACGCUCUGCGACUGCGUUACUCCCUACUGCCCUACUGGUACACCUUGUUUGCGUUGAGUGAAAGAGAUGCAUCUCCUCCCAUGGCGCCUCUAUUUUACCACUUCCCCACCGACGAACGCACAUUUGCCAUUGAUAACGCCUUCAUGGUUGGCGAUGCUCUUCUAGUUCAUCCGGUUGUUCACGUAGGUGCCCAGUCUGUGGAUGUCUAUCUUCCCAAUGGAGUCUUUUCCGGAAACCAAGAGAUAAAUGUGCCAGUGGACCUUAAAACGAUACCGCUCUUUUAUCGUGGGGGUUAUAUCGUAGCCAGGAAGGGGCGACCACGUCGUUCUUCAGCUAUGAUGAUUUACGAUCCAUACACUAUUGUAAUCGCUUUGGACGACGCCGAUAAACCAACUGCAACAGGCUACCUCUAUAUGGACGAUUACCAUUCAACAGAUUUGAGCACUGCUCGUCUUUAUCGAAUGCAAUACGCCUCUUCCACCUUCAAGUUCACGCGUAUUGAAGGUACCAACAACCCAGACACGCCACUGAUUGAACGAAUUGUCAUUAUGUCCCCGAAAAUGACCAAACCAUCAAGGGUCUAUGCUUUCACUCCUGAUGGCAUGAAGCGGGAUAUUGAAUUCUCUUUCACAAAUUCAAAUGGAUCUAGAUCGGCACUUCUGGUCCUUCGCAAGCCCUUGGUUAAAGCUGAAGAUGGUUGGGAAUUGCAUAUUGAAUAA